AUGGCCAAGAAGCGAGAGGCACAGACUCACUCAACUACAAAUGAGGCAACACUAAGUCAACUCGCUUCGCUUCAUCAGUUUCCUAGUAUUGUCUUAGAGGAUGGUUCUGCUAGGAUUCACUCGGAGUGGAAUGCUGCUAACACGGCAACAGGGCGGUUGUCAUCUUCCAGCCCAAAUUUACAGAACCUGCCAACAUACGCCCUAGAAGGGACAUCUGCUGCGACAAACACUUCAACCGUUGCUAUCGCCAUUCGUGAUGCUCUUAUGUCUGCACCAGGGAAGGUACUGGUUUCUGCUGAUUACUCACAAAUAGAGCUUCGGAUUUUUGCUCACUUAUCUGCUGAUGAGGCUCUGGUUAAUGUCUUUAAAGCUGGACAACAGAGUGAUGUUUUCAGACUCAUUGGAGCAGCCUAUCUUGGAAAAUCUGCAGAUGCAGUAAAUGAUCAGGAGCGGCAACUGGUCAAGAGAUUGUGCUAUGGUAUUCUUUAUGGGCAAGGGAAGCAAGCCAUGGCUGCAAUUCUGGGAGUGGAUGUCGACAAGGCUCAACAACUUUUGCAAAGCUUUUUAGAUCACUUCCCGAGUAUGAGGGCUUUCAUCAAUCAGACAAUCAGCAGAGCCCGACGGGAUGGAUAUGUCACAACUAUGUGGGGCCACCGCAGGCUACUUCCAGAUAUACAUGACCGUAAUCCAGAGAGGAGAGCUCAAGCAGAAAGGCAGGCAGUGAAUACUAUCAUACAAGGUUCCGCAGCGGACCUGAUGAAGUUGGCCAUGCUGGAUGCCAGCAAGCUUGUACAGGGUAACAACGGAGAUAUUCAAAUCGUGAUGCAGGUUCACGACGAGCUAGUGCUAGAAGUCCCGGAAAAGGAUGUAUUUACAGUCUCUAAGGUGGUCAAGCUGAUGAUGGAGAAGGUUGCAUCCUUGGAUGUUCCACUGGUAGUGAAUGUCAGGGCAGGGAAUCGCUUUGGAAGUUUGCGCGCCAUAGAAGAGUAG